UUGAGCAGUAUCAAAAGAAUUUGGCAUCAAAAAAACAAAUUCUUAAAGCAAUGUGGUCUUAUCGUAAUGUCAUUAAAGACCUUAUCCAUAAGAGGUCACUGAUAGGCUGUCAUCUCAUUGACCUUGAUGAUGCACUUGGAUAUGAAUACUUCAGUGAUGAAGAUAGUGAUGACACGGAUGAAGGAGGCAGUCAACAUGAUGAAUAUGAAGAAUAUGAUGAAGAAGUCAGCGAUGCUGAUUCAGAAGAUUCUGCAAAUAGUGAUCAUGAAGAUGGGGGAAGUACAAGUGACGAUGAAGAUGAAAGCAGCGCCAGUAGUUUUGAAAGUACAUAUUCUGAGCUAGGUGAAGACUAUGUUGGCUAUCAUGAGAAGUUUUCUGAAGAAGAGGAAGAGAGCGAUGAAGCCAGGGAGGGUGAGCCUAUCGCAACGAAAGCCCUUAGAAGAUCAGGGGAGAUGUUUGAAUUCCAGGCCAUUUUGACCAACCUUAUAGACAUCAUCAUCAACUCACCUUAUAGAAACAGUGACAUCUUCCUAAGGGAGCUCAUAUCCAAUGCGUCUGAUGCAUUGGACAAGAUUAGGUUCCUAGCUCUCACUGAUAAGGAGGUUUUGGGUGAAGGUGACACUGCUAAGCUUGAAAUCCAGAUUAAGUUGGAUAAGGAGAAGAAGAUCCUCUCUAUUCGUGAUAGGGGUAUUGGCAUGACCAAGGAAGAUCUCAUUAAGAACCUUGGAACCAUUGCAAAAUCUGGAACUUCAGCUUUUGUGGAAAAGAUGCAAACUGGCGGUGACCUCAAUCUCAUUGGGAAAUUUGGUGUAGGUGUACGCUUCUAUUCAGUAUACUUGGUUGCUGACUAUUUUGAAGUGAUCAGCAAACACAAUGAUGACAAACAACACGUCUGGGAGUCCAAAGCUGAUGGAUCAUUCGCUAUCUCCGAGGAUACAUGGAAUGAACCCCUAGGUCGUGGAACUGAGAUAAGACUGCACCUCAGAGAUGAAGCCAAGGAGUACUUGGAAGAAGACAAUUUAAAGGAUUUGGUGAAGAAGUACUCUGAGUUCAUCAAUUUUUCCAUUUACUUGUGGGCAACCAAGGAGAUUGAUGUUGAAGUGCCAGCAGAUGUGGAUGAGUCAAGUGAAGAAGAGGAAUCACCCCCUGAAUCUACAGAGGAAGAAGAGAGAGAAGAGGGUGAAGAGAAGAAUCCCAAGGCAAAUACUGUAAAGGAAACCAGUACUGAGUGGGAGCUUCUGAAUGAUGUGAAAGCUAUAUGGCUUCGCAACCCCAGGGAGGUUACUGAAAAAGAAUACUCAAAGUUUUACCACUCACUUGCUAAGGACUUUGGUGAUGACAAACCCAUGUCUUGUAGCCAUUUCACUUCUGAGGGGGAUGUUGAGUUCAAAGCUUUGCUCUUUGUUCCUCCCAAGGCUCCACAAGAUCUCUAUGAGAAUUACUACAGCUCUAACAAGUUAAACCUUAAGUUGUACAUUAGAAGGGUUUUCAUCUCUGAUGAAUUUGAUGAGCUUCUUCCAAAGUAUCUCAGCUUUUUGAAGGGCAUAGUUGACUCGGACAUACUGCCUUUCAAUUUAUCACAAGAAAUGCUCCAACAGCACAGCAGUCUGAAGGCUAUCAAGAAGAAACUACUCUCCAAAGCUCUUGACAUGAUCAAAAAACUUGCUGAGGAAGAUCCUGAUGAGUACAGCAACAAAGAUAAGACAGAUGAAGAAAAGAGUGCGAUGGAGGAGAAAAGGGGGCUAUAUGCCAAGUUCUGGAAUGAGUUUGGAAAAUCAAUCAAGCUGGGGAUCAUUGAAGAUGCAACUAACAAGAACUGUCUUGCAAAGCUUCUGAGAUUUGAAAGUACCAAGUCGGAAGGCAAACUUGCCUCCCUUGAUGAGUACAUCUCAAGGAUGAAGCCAGGACAGAAUGAUAUUUACUACAUUGGAAGCAAAGAAAAGCUAGAUAAAUUCCCAUUACUUGAGAAGCUAAAUAAGAAUAACUAUGAGGUCAUAUACUUAACGCCACCACUGGAUGAUGAAGAAUUGACACGUUGGCUCACGCGGUACAAAGGCAGGGUGUUCAAAAAGUUAAAUCCCCCGUUCAAGGACGUUUCUGACGAGAAUUUUUGAACACAUGGACGUGCCGUGCCAGCUGGUGGCCGUACGCAACGACCUACGCGAGCCAAUCCUAGUUAUUGUGGACCAGAAUGGGCCAAGUGAUUUACUUACUCCGUCCAAAAAAACAAUUUGUAAGAAUGAAUCUGAACAAUCACUGUAUCAAGAUUCAUCUGCAGAAAUCCACUUUUUUUGGGGAAAGAGGGAGCAAGUCCGAUGUUAAGAAAAGACUAUGAAAAUAUAUGGGGAGUUGCGAGAGGACUAUGAUCUUUAUAUUUCUUAGCGUCGCUAGCGAUAUAUGCUUGUCUGUUCUUUAUUACUGCGCAGCAUUUGUUUUUCUUAUACAUCUGUUCGCUCCAAACUCUGGUAGUAGAUUCGAUUUUGACGGUGCAACAGCUCACUAAUCACCUGUGUGCAUGUAUGUCCAUGAACGUUGCCUGCUGCGCAACAAAAUUAGAAGUAUUCUGAUCUGGAUGUGCCUUUUGCUUAAGCAUAUCAUAACCCAUGUAUGUUUUGUUGAAUAGAGUUGCAAGAAUUUUGCAUGACAUGUUGUUCAGG